CAGGUGCCAAUAGAAAAGAAGAAGUACAAGAUAUUGGUCGCAUUGCCUCGUGAGACGUGAAGUACAUUUGACAGAUUUUUAAAAAUGGUACAAUAUAUAAAGAUUGCAGAUAUAAAUAUAUAAUUGCUACGGGCUGCCGGAUUAUAUUAGUUUUGCGAAACUGUGAAACGCGGAUUAUGUUGAUGCUAAAAAUAUUUAAAAUUCGACGUUUUGUACUGUCUCGCGUAGAAAUAAUUCAUUUCCGAGCCAUUGGAAAUUACGGGAAAAUUGGAUUCAUGGCAGAAGGCAAAUCAAGACGAACGAGAACAGCUGUGAUUCAGGAAAAGAAAAUCGGGAAGGAUGAGGAUGAUGUCAAUGACGAAGAUAUGGUAACCAAGACCCAAACCAUGCCGGUAAUAUCAGAAAGACCAAAACUGAAUCUCAAAUCCUUACGAAAUCAAAAUACUAAAAAUGUAUGCAACACAGCAGGUGUUCAAAUUAUUGCAUCUUCUAAAAGAUUCAAGAGUUCUCAGAAAGAGCUCAAAAUGGAAACUCAUGUCGAAAAAAAAAAGGAAGUGGAAGAGUUGAAACCAAACGCGAGUCCUGGCAAAGGAAAGCUGAGAGCAGUCGUGGACUUGCAGCUAAUGAAGGCAGAAUUAAAACAAUUAGAAGAUCCUCCUGUAACACCCUGGGAGAAGGAAUUGUCCUCCAGCCGAUUGCAGUAUGAAUUCUUUGACAUUCCCUGCGAAGAGCUGGCGCAACGGCUGUUAGGAAAAAUACUUGUAAGGUAUCUCGAGAACGGAACUGUCCUCAAAGGUAGAAUCGUAGAGACUGAGGGAUAUUUGGGAGCGAUUGACAAAGCAUCGCACUCUUACCAGAAUAAAGUUACGUCUCGCAACUUACCGAUGUACAUGCCGCCAGGGACCAUUUAUGUUUAUAUGACAUACGGGAUGUACCAUUGCUUCAACAUCUCUAGCCAAGAGGGAAAUGCGCAUGUAUUAAUCAAAGCAGUGGAACCAUUGAUGGGCUUCGAAUAUAUGGAAUUGCUAAGAAAUAUGCAGCGAAAGGAUAACGGAAGAGAAAAACAAAUCGCGAAACGUGCGACGCACUUAAAGCAAUAUGAGCUUUGCAAUAAUCCGUUCAAGAUUUGCGAUGCGUUUGUGAUCGACCAAGAUGCUUUCGACCGGAAGCUUGCUUAUGCGUGUAAUAAUUUGUGGCUUGAGAGUCAACCCUUUGUAAGGUCUCCUACUAUAGUAGCUGUACCAUCUGAAAGCUCUAAAUCAGACGAUAAUCACGCUACAAAGACGCGAUAUUACGUGCUGGGAAGCGCCAGCGUCGGCGAAAAAAAUUCUGAAUGCGAGAAAAACGCUUACAUUGCAAUAAGUUAGACUUUAUAAUAUUAAAUAUAAAAGUACGGAACUCCUAAGUCCGAACGAUAAGUUUGCUCGUCUACAAAAAUAUAUACUUAAGAAUAGAUAGAGUUGUCAAUUAUUAAAGAAUUUAAAAAAUAUUUAAUUAAAUUAACAAUUAUGAGUUUUUCCUUGUAUUAAUUAUUUUGCAUCGCUAAUCUACAAUUAUACAUUUUUAAUCCCGCAGUGUGCGCGCUUCAGCAGAUUUCAAAAUGUAAAAGUUUAAGGUCAGAAUUCAGAAGAUCAGAAAAGCUUAAGGUCUAAUUAAUUUUAUAGUUUAAGUUAGAAUUUUUUUCAUUAAAUCCGUUAAUCGUUGAUGCCUCUCUAUGCGAAAAAAAGCAUAUUUUAUAAAGUUUUAUAGAAGUAUCGAUAUCCUUGAUAUUAAAUAGAAAUUUAAAAGAAUAGAUUUUUUACAU